GGCUGUGGAAAGACGAAACGCCGGCGCCGGUGAUUGGGUCGGAGGCGUCGACGUCAAAUCCACGUACCUUUGACCUCUAUUCCAUUCCCUCCAUUUGAAUAUUCAUUCGUCUUUUUCCCUGUUCCCGUCCUUCACGUUUGCAUAAUUCCGCCUUUCCCCGGCCCGACGGAAGUCCGCGCUUUCUCUCGCUUCCUUUCCCACCCCCGCCGGCGGUGAUGAAGACUCGAAGCAGCAACAAUAGCAGCGGCAGCACCAAAAUCUCUGCAAAAUGGAUUCCGCUGAUUUGUGCUUUCUGCUUUGCACUUGGACUUGUCUUCUCUAACAGGAUAUGGGUUCCGUACGAAUCCAAUGGUCAGCAGCUCAUAUCCCAGCGCCGACGUGAACAAGAAGAAUUUCAGGCGGUAUCUGAAGAUUCCAGAGCUGCUAAGAAGGGAAAAGAUGUGAUGGAUGAAGUUCUUAAGACCCACGACGCCAUUCAAUCUCUAGACAAGUCGAUUGCAAUGCUUCAGAUGCAAUUGGCAGCUUCUCGGAGUUCUCAUGAGAUGACGAGCUUAGGUGCCUCUGCUGCAGCUACCUCUGUGACUGGCUUGUCACAUGAAGGUGCGCCUCGGCCUAAGGUUUUCAUGGUUAUUGGGAUUAACACCGCUUUUAGCAGCAGGAAGAGGCGUGAUUCAGUUAGAGAGACAUGGAUGCCACAGGGAGACAAACUCGUCCAACUGGAGAGGGAGAAAGGGAUUGUUAUCCGUUUCAUGAUUGGUCAUAGUGCAACAUCCAAUAGCAUUCUUGAUCGUGCCAUUGAUUCUGAAGAUGCUCAGCAUCAAGACUUCCUAAGGCUGGAACAUGUUGAAGGGUACCAUGAACUUUCUGCAAAAACAAAGAUUUUCUUUUCCACUGCAGUAGCGAAAUGGGAUGCUGAGUUCUAUGUGAAGGUCGAUGAUGAUGUUCAUGUCAAUUUGGGUACACUAGCUGCUACCCUUGCCCGUCACCGCUCAAAGCCUAGGGUGUAUAUUGGAUGCAUGAAAUCAGGGCCUGUUCUUUCGCAGAAGAGUGUCAAGUAUCACGAGCCGGAAUAUUGGAAAUUCGGGGAAGGAGGGAACAAAUAUUUUCGACAUGCAACAGGACAAAUAUAUGCUAUUUCGAAAGAUAUUGCAACAUACAUCUCUAUCAACCAAUAUAUCUUAUCAGUUUGUCAAAAGUAACCAGAAAGCUUCGUCCAAAAAAAGAAAAAAGUGACCAGAAGGUCAGUAAAAGAUUGAAUCUCGUCGAAACUUAACAGAUCAAUAAAUUGAAAAACACAGGUUCAAGAGAUAGGUCAGGACAAACAAAGCAAAAACAUGAAAUGUCUGACAGAGUAGUAUAUGAUUGUGACUGCAUCUGGGACAAGAGUGUAGCCAAACAAAUUCGAAGCUUCGAAUGGGACCAUUAUAUCCCACUGCCACUGUGAUUGUACAAAUUGUGCAUAGUUAUAUACUUAUAUGUCAGCUAAAAGUCCUAUCUUCUGUUGAUUGAUCACUACAGGCCAUUACUUCACAAAUAUGCCAAUGAAGAUGUAUCUCUGGGUUCUUGGUUGAUUGGUCUUGAGGUUGAGCACAUUGAUGACAGGAAUAUGUGUUGUGGGACUCCACCAGACUGUGAGUGGAAAGCACAGGCUGGAAAUGUAUGCGUUGCAUCCUUUGACUGGAGCUGCAGUGGGAUCUGCAAAUCAGUGGAGAAGAUAAAAUUUGUCCAUGAAAGGUGUGGGGAAGGGGAAGGAGCUGUGUGGAGUGCACUUUUCUGAAUAUAUUAAGUCUAUUGGGGUGGUUUAUUAGGCAAUCCAUCACUGCUGAAAGUCAUCCAUCCACUUAAGGCGUUCUGGGGGCAAUGAAGCAGUUGAGAAGGGAUGAAAGCUGCAAUGUGAUUCCUGAAGAUAGAAUGCACUGGCUAACAAACCCUGUCUCAGAAGCAUUGACUAUUUGAAGAGGGUAAAGGGUAGAGCUUGUACAGAUUAUAUUGAUGCAAAUUUGGUCCUUCUAGUCCAUAGAACGUUGUUGCUCACAAUGUUACCCCUUUAGGAGGCACCGCAGCAGGGCUUGGCAAUGGGAUACUAGCAAAACUCUUGCCUUGACAGAACUUGGUUAGAUACUAUUGAUUAUACAUACAUUUGGCAUACGUGUCCAAAACUUUGGAAAGCAAGUACUUUUGUAUCAGCGAUUCAUGAUAAGUUCAGUUAGGCGAAUGAAAAAGAAACGACGUUGAGGAUAAUCACCUUUAUGAGGUUGCACUGUUGGAGUUUCACGCAACUGAUCUCACUUUCGUCGUACUUAG